CUCUUAUAUUGAUUUUAUAUUAAUUUAUGGAUUUAUUAAAUUUAACAACAAAUCUCUUAUUAUGUGAAACACUACGAUAAUAUUAACAAUAAAUAUAAGAUAUUAUACUGAAAUCACUAAAUACAAGAACUAAUCCGAAGAUGACGGUCAACAUCGCCGGUGUCUUCUCUGUAAUAAUCUUUUAUAUUAUAAUCCUAUUCGUGGGCAUAUGGGCGGGACGUAAGAAGAAGACUGGAGGGGAGGGCGACGGCGACGAGUUUGAGACGGAGGAAGUGAUGUUAGCAGGCAGAAAUAUUGGUGUUUUUGUCGGCAUUUUUACAAUGACAGCCACAUGGGUUGGGGGCGGGUAUAUCAAUGGGACGGCAGAAAUCAUAUACAGUUCGGGAAUAAUCUGGUGUCAGGCGCCCUUUGGAUAUGCUUUGAGUCUAGUGAUAGGUGGAUUUUUCUUUGCUAAUAAAAUGCGAGAACAGGGAUACGUGACAAUGUUAGACCCCUUCCAAGAGACCCUGGGCUCGCGUAUGGGAGGCCUAUUAUUCUUGCCCGCGCUAUGCGGUGAGAUAUUCUGGUCGGCGGCCAUAUUAGCGGCUUUGGGAGCAACCGUUAGUGUCAUAAUUGAUAUGGAAAACAACACAUCCAUAAUCCUGUCGGCAUGUAUUGCACUCAUAUAUACACUGUUUGGUGGACUCUAUUCUGUCGCCUACACUGAUGUCAUACAACUUUUCUGUAUAUUCAUAGGACUCUGGUUAUGCAUACCGUUUAGUUUAAGACACCCAGCAGUGGGCAGUAUGUCUAUGGAACACAACGACUGGUUCGGCACAUUAGACCGUAAACUCUACGGACAGUAUAUAGACUUCGGGUUACUAUUAAUCCUGGGAGGCGUUCCCUGGCAGGUGUACUUCCAACGAGUCUUGUCCGCCAAGUCUGCAUAUAAGGCACAAAUACUGUCAUAUGUGGCAGCAUUUGGCUGUAUUAUAAUGGCCGCCCCACCCAUGAUUGUCGGCGCCAUCGCCAGAGUGACAGCGUGGAAUGAGACCGACUUCAAGGGUCCGCUACCUCUAGACAGUGCUCACCAAUCAUUAGUGUUACCAAUGGUUCUGCAAUACUUGACGCCACCGUUUGUCUCAUUCUUCGGAUUGGGUGCCGUCAGCGCCGCCGUCAUGUCCUCAUCUGAUUCAUCACUCCUGAGCGCCAGUUCUAUGUUCGCCAGAAAUGUCUACAAAUUAAUUAUCAGACAAAAUGCAUCAGAACAUGAGGUGAUUUGGAUUAUGAGAAUCGCUAUAAUAGUUGUCGGAUGUGUGGCUACAGCCAUGGCUUUAACUGUUAAGUCUAUAUACGGGUUGUGGUAUUUGUCUUCUGAUUUGGUUUAUGUAAUACUAUUCCCACAACUGGUUUGUGUCGUCCAUUACAAGGAGCGGUGCAAUACUUAUGGAUCGCUGUCCGCGUAUUUUGUGGGCUUCUUCUUGCGGGCACUGGGAGGGGAGGCCAUCAUGGGUUUGCCGCCAGUCAUCAAAUACCCGUUCUAUGACCCAGAACUCGGCCAACUGUUCCCAUUCCGGACGUUCUCAAUGUUGAUGAGCUUUAUAACGCUGUUGGGAGUGUCGGCCCUUUCCAAGUGGCUGUUCGAGAGCGGGACACUCGGCCCUCAAUACGACUACUUCCGGUGUGUCGUCAAUAUUCCCGAAGAUUCUGUGGUCGUUCAGGAGCCGCACGAAGAGAUGACUAUAUUGAACGUCAAUCAGGCGCUCCUCUACCAGACGUCCGAACUGAACGGUCGGGUGAACCCCGGACUCGUCACCGAAGAGGACGAACUCUUAAACAAAGAGAAACGAAACGACUCUUUAGUGAACAACAGAAGGGAUUCUCACAGAGGAAGCAAACAAUUUGAUGAAAUACACGCUAAGUCAACGGCACUGUUCGGCUCUAUAGGACCCGGACAAGUGAUUGUCACCAAAUUGUAAGUCAAUUAACACUAUUCACACAUUAAGGCUGUCAUCCAAACAAUAAUCAAACUUAACUUAACAGUAGACUCAAUGACAAGAAUCCUUUUCAUUGAAUAUUCUUACAAAAGUCACAAAAGACUUAAAGAAUUUCAAAAAUAAGAGAUUUCAUCGGA